CCACUAGGUGGGGGGCGGGGGGGGGGGACAGGACGCCAAAGUGACUUUUGUCUACUUGGAAAUGGGCUGAAUUAUUGCGGGGCUUCCAGAAAGACGGUUCAGAAGGCGGCAAGGAGCUCUCAGCGGCUUGCAACUUGUAGUGGGGGAAAAAACGAGUUGUCGGUCCCUAGUGAAGAAAACAAAAACAAAAACCGCCUCCUCGCCUGCUUGGGCGGGUCCGAAGAAAGCUGCAGGAGAACACGUGUGUACGUGUCUGUAACCAAAUGACAUUUGGUUUCAACAAGUGCUAUGAGAGACCCACAUCCUCUCUUCUGGACUGGGCAAGAACACGGCGAAAAAAGAUUCUGGCAGAGGAGAGAUCAAAGGGGCAGCUUGGGCAGCCGACAUACUUGGUGGUAGCGUCGGAAAACUGCGUGGGCCUGGAAAGCAAAACGCCGCCCAUGUACUAUGGUCAAUCCAAGGAGGACUGCACAUUUCUUGAACACCUACUAUGUGCCGGGUACUGGACUAAGUGCCAGACUUCCGGUGCCUGUCCUCAGUGAGCUUCUACUACGCCUGCGAAUAACGGGAAGCAGCGGGAAUGAUGAUCAUUUUCAGGAUAAUGAUGGCUGAUGGGUGCAGAAAAAUUCAGAAUGAAAAGAUUUUUGAGUCAAGCCUAGAAGAAUGGAGAAUUUUUCUUUUUUUUUCUUUUUUUUUUUUUUUGAGAAGUUUUCAUUAAGUGAAAACCAAAUAUAACAGCCCAGGCCCAGAGAGGCGGGAAGCUAGAAUAAAGCACUCAUCUGGAAAGCUUGUCCAAGAAGCAGGGGCAGGCCGCUUCACCAAACUCUUUGAUAUGCUCACCUUGAUUUAAACGUCCCCUCAAAUGUUGGAAUUACAGUUGAACGCUACCACACCCAGCCAGGUGUCCCUCGCUGGAUUCGAAUACUGGUCUUAGAGAGGAAACUCAGAGCGAAUCUGAAGAGAAUUCUUAGCGUCCGAGCCUGCUGCAGCGCCUGAAAAGCCAUUGAGACUAGCACCUCAACCCAGGAACUACAACUCCCAUUAUGCACAGCGCAGCGCGAGUUUAGACCCGGGAUAAACUACAAUCCCCAGAAUGCUUUGGAAGGGGGAGCGCGGAGCGUGGCUACGUCUACAGUGAGGGACCGUUAAAUUUGAAACUUGGCGGCUUAGGCUUGAUGGGUCGUGAGGUGGAGGCUUUGGGAAGGAGUUGGGUGCGUGUUUCAUUCAGUCUAGGAGCGCGGGGAGACGGUCACCGCAACUCCAGGGUCAGCUGAAGGUUGAGGAAGGAACGUCGGACCGUCGGCACCCGGGGGGAAAAGGUCUGCGGACUGGCGAGAGCAAGAACCGGGAAUGCAGGAUGGCGGCGGCAAGGAAGGAAGAGCUUGCAGCGAGUGAAGCCAUGUGCCUGGAGGGAGAUGAGUGGGAGCUGAGUAAAGAAAACGUACAACCCUUGCGGCAUGGCCGGAUCAUGUCCACACUUCAGGGGGCUCUGGCACAGCAGGAGUCGGCCUGCAACAGGACUCUUCAGCAGCAGAAGCGGAUGUUUGAAUCCGAAAUCCGCUUUUACUCUGGAAGUGACCCUCUGUGUGUGUGGGACCGGUAUAUUAGCUGGACAGAGCAGAACUAUCCUCAAGGGGGAAAGGAGAGUAACAUGUCCACGUUACUAGAGCGAGCUAUAGAAGCUCUACAUGGAGAGAAGCGUUACUAUAGCGACCCCCGCUUUCUCAACCUCUGGCUCAAAUUGGGGCAUCUGUGCAAUGAGCCCUUGGAUUUGUACAGCUACUUACACAGCCAGGGGAUUGGUGUCUCCCUUGCCCAGUUCUACAUUUCAUGGGCUGAAGAAUACGAAGCUAGAGAAAACUUCAAGAGAGCAGACGCAGUGUUCCAGGAAGGGAUUGAACGCAAGGCCGAGCCCCUGGAAAGACUGCAGUCCCAGCACAGACAAUUCCAGGCCCGAGUGUCCCGACAAGCUCUCUUGGCACUUGAGAAUGAAGAGGAGGAGGAGGUGUUGGGGUCUUCUGUACCACAGAGAAGCACACUAGCUGAGCUGAAGAGCAGAGGGAAGAAGAUGGCGAAGGCGCCCAUCAGCCGUGUCGGAGGUGCUCUGAAGGCUCCAGGUCAGAGCAGAGGGCUCCAGAGUGCAGCUCCUCAGCAGCUGCGCAGUAACUGCAGGGUCACUGUUUUUGAUGAAAAUGCUGACAACACUUCUAGGGCAGAGUUACCUAAACCUAUAGUCGAGCCGUGGAAGGCACCCCCCGUCCCAAGGGACAAAGAGAAUGAGCUACAGCCAGGCCCGUGGAACACAGACCGACCCUUGGAAUAUAGGCCUCAUGGCAAUUCAGCCUCUGUAGCAGCCGUGUUUCCUUCGCUUCCCAGCUUUACUCCCUAUGUGGAAGAGAGCGCUCAACAGACGGUCAUGACACCAUGUAAAAUUGAACCUAGUAUCAACCAUGUCCUCAGCACCAGAAAGCCUGGGAAGGAGGACGGAGACCCUCUGCAGAGGGUUCAGAGUCACCAGCAAGGGCCUGAAGAGAGGAAGGAGAAGGUGAUGUACUGUAAGGAAAAGGUUUAUGCUGGAGUCGGGGAGUUCUCCUUCGAGGAAAUCCGAGCUGAAGUGUUCCGGAAGAAACUGAAAGAGCAAAGGGAAGCCGAACUGCUGACCAGUGCAAAGAAGAGGGAAGAAAUGCAGAAACAGAUUGAGGAGAUGGAGAGAAAGCUAAAGGAAAUCCAGACUAUUCAGCAGGAAAGAGCUGGGGACCAGCAAGAAGAGAAGGUGCCCACAGAGGAGGCGGCCAGACUGCAGAUUGCUUCACGGCCUCAGGAAAUGCUGGGAGUGUCUCUGUCCCGCUCUGUCUGCCCACCUAGCUCUCAAUCCAGGGAAACCUCACCAGCUAAAAGCAUUUUGCAAGAACAGCCUGACUGUACAGGUCCCAGCAUGCCUUUCUCCAUUUUUGAUGAGUUUCUUUCAGAUGGAAAGGACAAAAGUCCUGCUGCAGAUUUUCCACAGGCUCCCAAAGCCCAGCGAAGACCCCUUGCAGUUCUCAAGACUACAGAAAUCAUCGCAUCAAAUGAGGAUGUAUCUGCUGGUGUUUGUGAUGAACUUACAGGAAUUGAACCUUUGAGUGAAGAUGCCACCAUCACCAGUUUCAGGAAUGUAACCAUGUGUCCCAUCCCCGAGGACACUUGUUACUUUGCUAGAGCGCCUCGUUUUGCAUCUACUCCUUUCCAUGAGAUGCCGUCCUUGAAGGGCAUCCCUUCCGACCCUGAGAGACUGUCCCAGGAGGAGGAUCUGGAUGGGAAGACCACGGAAGUCCAUCACACUGCAAUGGCCACUAUUUAUAGCCAGACCCUCAGUGUCAAGAAGCUGAGCCCAAUUAUUGAAGACAGUGGUGAAGCCACACACUCAUCUGCCUUCUCUGGAUCCUCUGCUUCCGUGUCGAGUACCUCCUCCAUCAAGGGCCUUCAGCUCCCCGAGAAGCUGGAGCUAACUGCUGAAGCUGCAGAAAAUGCUGUUCAGUCGCCCUGGUGUUCACAAUACCGACUCCAACUACUAAAAUCUCUACCAGAGUCAAGUGCUUUUGCAGAGUUUUCUGUGGAAGACAGACCAAUGCCUACCCUGGAAGUAGGGAAGGAAAUUGAGUUAGGUAGUGAAGACUACUGCAUUAAACAAGAGUACCUGAUCUGUGACGAUUACAAGUUACUCUGGGUGGCACCAAGAGACUCGGCCGAGUUAACCAUGAUAAAGGCAUCUUUCCAACCUGUCCCAUGGGAUUUCUAUAUCAACCUCAAGUUAAGGGAGCGUCUGAAUGAGGACUGUGACCCGCUCUGCAGCUGUUGCCAGUACCAAGAUGGCCAUAUCGUUUGGUACCAGUAUAUCAAUUGUUCUACCCUUCAGGAUCUUCUUCAGCACAGUGACCUUGUGACGCAGGAAAUAGUAGUCCUGAUUAUUUAUAACCUCUUGACAAUAGUGGAGAAGCUUCACCAAGCUGAGAUUGUCCAUGGAGACCUGAGCCCACAGAGUCUGAUCCUCAGAAACAGAAUCCACGAUCCCUAUGAUUGCAAUAAGAACGAUCACGCUGUGAAGAUCGUGAACUUUUCCUACAGCGUUGACCUGAGGGUACAGCUAGAUGCUUUUUCCUUCAGUGGCUUUCGGACUGUCCAGACCCUGGAAGGACAAAAGAUCCUGGAGAACUGUUCUUCUCCCUACCAGGUGGAUCUGUUGGGUAUAGCAGACCUAGCACACUUACUGUUGUUCAAGAGACACCUGCAGGUCUUCCAGGAUGGACUUCUCUGGAAACUUAGCCAAAAUACUUCUGAGCUAAAGGACGGUGAAUUAUGGAAUAAAUUCUUUGUGCGGAUUCUGAAUGCCAGUAAUGAGUCCACAGUGUCUGUCCUGAGGGAGCUCGCAGCAGAAAUGAAUGGACUUUUUGACACCACAUUCCACAGUCACCUGGACAAAGCCUUGUGGAAAGUGGGGAAGGUAAUUAGUCCUGGAGCUUUGCUCCUCCAGCAAGACAGACAGACAAGCCCCUCACAGGUCCUUGCCUCCUAAGCUGUGCUGUGUUGUGGGAAGCUGGCCUUUAAUGAUAGCAGCUGCUGUCAUUUAAUUGCGCACACUUGGACACACUACCAGUUUUUUCUCCAGUUUACUCUGAGUGGCAUGGUUUUAACAGAACACUGCCCCGACAGCCUCACCUAUUUUACUCAAAAUGGGUUCUGUACAAAAGGAUACUUUUUAGCCUGUUUCUACUUUCCCUUCUGCUUUUCUCUUUUGUAAUUUUACAACGUGUACUCUUGCACUCACCAUGUAUGUUACAAUAAAAAAGUUUUUGUUAAA